AUGAAUAAAUACAUUUUCCUCCUACUAGUAAUUACAGAAUUGAACACAUUCGCAUGUUACGUUAGGCGCACAAGGAUUUUCUGCGGCAACAUCAUGAGGAGGGACAAAGACAGGGUUGGCAGCGAGCAUGGGGGCCCAUUUAAAUGCCCAGCGGUUGUCCGUACUGUGCGCGUGGUAGGGGGGCGCUACGGGGGGAGGCGAAGAGGGGAGUUAUUUUAUUUGAGGGCCCCGCGCUGUGGCUCGAUUGGCGGUUCGAUUGGCGGUUCGUUUGGCGGUUCGCCUAGCUGCUCGCUUGACAACCCUCUAGGCGAGGGGCCCCCUUCCGAGCGCACCGCAUCCAGCGCGCCCCCCCCCUACACACGCUUGGAACGUGGGCGAAGCAAAACCCAGCUGUUCGCCAAGACGCAGAAAUACGUAGACAAUCUGAGGAGGGUGAAAAAAGUAGACAACACCAUUCUUGGGAGCGACUUCCACGGGAAAGAAAACGAAAUAAUUCAUCAAAUCCCAGAAAAAUUUCUGAACGCAUUUAAGUGGGCACUACAAUUUCGGCUAAAAAACUUUAACUGUAAAUUUAUGAGAUUAUCCAAGUUAGCCAAAAAAAAUAAUGAAGAAUUAAAAAGCUACGAAAAUUAUGCCAUAGGGUAUAAAGAAAACUUACUAGCCAUGUUACAGAAGGAUAAAAAUUUUUUCCUAGACAUUGUAAAUAAGUUGAAAGCAAAGGAUUAUUUUAACUUUGAUAUUUAUUCUAUCUUCAGAUUUAUUAACAUUGAUAUUCGUUUUUUUUUUUUCCCUGAAUGUCAUGACCAGUCGGCUGUUUUUUUCCUCAUUUUCGGGAACCUGGAAAAGGCCAUUAAUUAUUUCAUUCGAAAUAAGGACACCGUUGAUUUUAUGCAGAUGGAGAAGUACAAGAAGAUGGGGGGUGGCGGCGAGGUGAGGCUGAGCAUUCGGCAGAGGAAGAGGCUGAGGAAGGCGGAACGGAAGCGCGAGCGGGAGGAGCGCCGGAGGGCCUACAUGGCGAGGGCGGCGGCGGACGCAGCGGCUGUGAAUGGAGAGGCAGCUGAGAAUGGAGAGGCAGCUGUGAAUGGAGAGGCUGUUGAGAAUGGAGAGGCAGCUGAGAAUGGCAAGGCUGCUGCUGAAGCAACUGUGUGUGAAGAAAGCACCGAUGAAGAAACCGCGAACGACAAAACCGCUGAUGAAGAAACCGCCGAUGAAGAACCCGCCGACGACGAAACCGCCGACGACGAAACCGCGAACGACGAAACCGCGAGCGACGUCUCCAUAAACAGCAUUAGCGAGGGGUCCCCCCUGGAGGACAAAUUCGACUACUUCCUAAAACACUACGACGAUGUUGAGUUUUUUUUUUUGAACCACUUCAAGACGGCAGAGGAGCUAAAAUCCUUUUUCGAAAAAUGCCACGAGGAGGAAAAUAAAAUAAAAAAAGAAGAAAUCAAUUUUAACGCAAAGGGAGAGGAAAUAAUUACCACGAACGAAGUGGUGAAGAAGGGACUGAACUUGGAAAUGAUAAAAAAAAUUAUUAAAACAUCUCCGAGGUUAUCCUUAGUAAAUAAAAACACCGUCCUCAAAAGAAUAGCUCAUUACAAAAAUGAGUUAAAAUAUGACCACGAAGAAUUGGUACACAUUUUGUAUAAUCUCCCACAAUUUUUUGCCUUUGGAAAUUUAAAAAAAAAAUAUAAAGAAUUGCUGCACCUACAUGAAACUAUAGAAGAGGAAGAUUUAAAAAAAUUGAUCAAAAAAUACCCGAGGAUAUUCACCUACAAUGUAUACAGAACCAUCCGACCCAAGCUGCUAUACCUGAUUAGACAUUUAAAUAAAACCUUUCGAGAUACUCUGUCCUUCCCACAAUAUUUCAGCUACAGCUUCCGCUUAAGAAUAAUCCCCAGACAUGUUGCCUACAUGAAUUUAUAUUAUGACAAUUAUAUUAGUUACUACAAAGAGUUGGUGCGGACGCACAAUUACGCUGACUUUAACAGGAGGUUUAACGAGUUGGUUUAUAAGCCAAACAUCCCACCGAUAAACUUGAAAACGCUUCUGCAAACGUCGAACAAGGAUUUUAUGAAACAUUAUAAAAUUAGUUAUUCCGAUUUUGUCACGUCCACGCAGCUGGCUAAAAAUAUCCACAAUCCGUUCAUUCUGGAGUGA